CACGCCAGAGGGAGCAAAACUGCCACGGUUUCAGACCACAGAUUCAGACUCCUCAUCCCGAGCUGUGGUCAUGUGACACUUCCCAUCGGUCGGGAUUUGUCUCUCGGCAUGGCGGAGAUGAAGGUGCUCUGUCUGCUGUCUCAUAACAUUUGUUUUUCACUGUGAGGAGUAGUCGGUGGCUUUUUGUUGUCGUUUAACAGUACUGCACCGUUCUUUCCUCCGGUUUCGGGCCGUAAUGGCGGAGCACGGUGUGGAUGUGUCCGCUCUACCCCAAGAGGUCCGGGAGCAGCUCGCUGAGCUGGACCUUGAGCUGUCGGAGGGUGACAUCACACAAAAAGGAUACGAGAAGAAGAGGGCCAAAGUUUUAGCACCCUACCUGGUACAAACACAAACUUUGGCUCCACCUCCGGCCUAUGAUGCACAGUCUCCUGGUCCGAGCUCUGCCCCUGCACCCGAACCUGGCCCCUCAAACUCCUCCUCCUCCUCUUCCUGCCACCGGCGCACACGCCGGUCACACAGGAGCGGCGGGACGAGAGAUGAACGCUACAGAUCAGAUAUCCAUACUGAGGCCGUUCAGGCAGCACUGGCAAAGCAUAAAGAGGAAAAGAUGGCGCUACCCAUGCCAACCAAACGGCGCUCCACAUAUGUACAGUCACCAAUUGACAAUUGUACCCCGCCAGACUCUUCCUCUUCCUCAGAUGAUGAGGCAGUGUCCAGUGAAAGUGCAGGGCCUCAGCAGUCUUCCGACACCUGGAUCAACAGCUCCCUGCAUGGCUCCUCCACCUCCUCCUCUGCCUCCUCCACUCUCUCUCAUGGGGAGUCUCGGCCCACACAGGCCCCUCAGCCUCAGCCUCAAUCCCAGCAGGCCCCGCCUCCACCCGCACCAUCUGCCCAGCCGCCCCACUCCCACUCCCAACCCUCCGCCCUGGCUGAGGCCUUCGCCCAGACACGCAUAGAUCCUGGAGGAGGAGUCGGGCCCCCUGAUGUGCCAUCUCAAGCUCAGGCAAGAGGCUCUCGUGUGGAUCUGCCUGCCAAUGCCGUGGUGCGAGGGAUGAGUCGAGGACAGAGUCGCUCCAGCAUGAUGGAGACCGCAGACGUGAGAAGAGUAGGCAGAGGUGUUCCGGUGUCCAGUCGUGUGUCCACGAAGAUCCAGCAGCUGCUUAACACACUGAAACGACCCAAACGGCCGCCACUCAGCGAGUUCUUCAUGGAUGACCAAGAGGAGAUUGUGGAAGUUCCUCAGGUAGAUCCUAACACCCCUCGGCCAGAAGGCCGGCAGAUAAUCCCAGUGAAGGGGGAGCCAUUGGGUGUGGUCAGUAACUGGCCUCCUGCCCUUCAGGCAGCAUUAGCUCGAUGGGGCGCCACACAGGGCAAAAGUCCAGCCCUCACAGCUCUUGAUAUCACGGGGAAACCACUCUAUACACUUACAUACGGGAAACUUUGGAGUCGUAGUGUGAAGCUGGCCUACACUCUCCUCAACAAAUUGGGAACCAAAAAUGAGCAGAUCCUCAAACCAGGCGACAGGGUGGCGCUGGUGUAUCCCAACAGUGACCCUGGUAUGUUCUGGGUUGCGUUUUAUGGCUGUUUGUUGGCUGAAGUCAUUCCUGUGCCCAUCGAGGUUCCACUAUCACGAAAGGAUGCUGGAAGCAGUCAGGUUGGAUUUUUGUUGGGUAGCUGUGGGGUGGGUCUGGCUUUGACAAGUGAGAUCUGUUUGAAGGGUUUACCCAAAAUACCCACCGGAGAAAUAUUGCAGUUUAAAGGCUGGCCCAGGUUAAAGUGGGUGGUGACGGACUCCAAAUACCUCACCAAGCCUUCGAAAGACUGGCAGCCACAUAUUCCAACAGCCAACACGGACACUGCUUAUAUAGAGUAUAAGGCCAGUAAAGAAGGCACAGUGAUGGGUGUUGCAGUGUCAAAGGUUGCAUUGUUAACACAUUGCCAGGCACUCACUCAGGCCUGUAACUACUGUGAGGGUGAGACACUGGUGAAUGUUUUGGACUUUAAGAAGGACAUGGGUUUGUGGCAUGGAGUUCUCACGAGUGUGAUGAACAGAAUCCACACUAUCAGUGUUCCGUAUGCAGUAAUGAAGGCCUGUCCACUCUCCUGGGUUCAACGAGUUCACAUACACAAAGCGCGGGUGGCAUUGGUGAAGUGCCGUGACCUGCACUGGGCGAUGAUGGCUAACAGAGAUCAGAGAGAAACCAGUCUGGCCUCCUUGCGCAUGCUAAUUGUUGCUGAUGGAGCCAAUCCUUGGUCGGUGUCAUCAUGUGAUGCAUUUUUGAAUGUAUUCCAGGCUCAUGGCCUGAAGCCAGAGGUCAUCUGCCCAUGUGCUACAUCACCUGAGGCCAUGACAGUUGCCAUACGCAGGUUGUGUAUUUUUGAUUUACUUGCUGCCCAUCUUGGCCAGGACACUCCUGUAAAAGAGAUUUCUAAUAAGCCUGGGGUCCCCGGAGCUCCUCUUCCAGCGAGAGCCAUCCUUUCAAUGACUGGACUUAGUCAUGGGGUCAUCAGGGUCAACACUGAAGACAAGAACUCUGCUCUCACUGUACAGGACGUGGGACAUGUAAUGCCUGGAGCAUUGAUGUGUAUUGUGAAACCGGAUGGGCCACCCAUGCUGUGUAAGACUGAUGAGAUUGGAGAGAUCGUUGUAAACUCUCGUGCCGGAGGAAACAUGUACUACGGUCUGCCUGGAGUCACCAAAAACACUUUUGAGGUUAUCCCAGUCAAUGCUAGUGGUGCUCCUAUUGGUGAAAUCCCAUUUGUGCGAUCGGGAUUAUUGGGGUUUGUUGGACCGGGUAGUUUGAUAUUUGUGGUGGGUAAGAAUGAGGGCUUGUUAAUGGUUAGUGGUCGUCGUCACAAUGCUGAUGAUCUGGUAGCAACAGCGCUAGCGGUGGAACCAGUCAAAACUGUGUACAGAGGGAGGAUUGCUGUGUUCUCAGUCACUGUGUUUUAUGAUGAGAGGAUAGUCAUCGUAGCAGAGCAGAGGCCUGAUGCCAGUGAGGAGGACAGCUUUCAGUGGAUGAGUCGGGUUCUGCAGGCCAUCGACAGUAUUCAUCAGGUGGGAUUGUAUUGUCUCGCCCUGGUUCCUGCCAACACCCUGCCCAAAACUCCCCUGGGGGGCAUUCACAUCUCAGACACUAAACAGCUCUUCCUGGAGGGGGCGUUGCACCCUUGCAACAUCCUUAUGUGCCCCCACACCUGCGUCACCAACAUGCCCAAGCCACGUCAAAAACAACCAGUUGGUGUCGGCCCUGCCUCCAUCAUGGUGGGUAAUUUGGUUGCUGGGAAAAGAAUCGCACAGGCUGCAGGCAGAGAUCUGGGACUGAUAGAAGACCAAGACCUGAUCAGAAAGUUGCAUUGGACUUCUUCUCCAAAAGCACACAAGAAAGAACUGUGCAUGUGGCCUACGAUGAUGCAUCAGUUCCUUACAGAGGCUUUACAGUGGAGAGCGCAAACAGACCCUGACCACACACUCUAUGUGCUAUUGAAUGCAAAGGGAGUGGCAGUGUGUACAGCUACAUGUGUUCAGCUUCAUAAAAGAGCAGAGAAGAUUGCUGCUGCUCUCAUGGAGAGAAGUGGUAUCAACAUCGGAGAGAAUGUGGUGCUUUUGUAUCCACCAGGUAUAGAUCUGAUUGCAGCAUUUUAUGGAUGUUUGUAUGCUGGUUGUAUUCCUGUCACCGUGAGGCCUCCACACCCACAGAACCUCUCUGCUACUCUGCCCACUGUCCGCAUGAUUAUUGAUGUCAGUAAGGCUGCCUGCAUUCUCACUACUCAGGUUUUAAUGAAAAUUCUUAGAUCUAAAGAAGCAGCAGCCUCUGUCAACAUAAAAACAUGGCCCAUCAUAAUUGACACAGAUGACUUGCCUCGUAAACGGCCUCCCACAAUCUACAAACCACCCAAUGCUGAGAUGAUCGCCUACCUGGACUUCAGUGUCUCGACCACAGGCAUGCUUACAGGGGUAAAGAUCUCUCAUGUGGCGGUGAGUGCUCUGUGUCGAUCUAUAAAGCUUCAGUGUGAGCUCUACUCCUCUCGCCAGAUCGCCAUCUGCCUCGACCCCUACUGCGGACUUGGUUUUGUGCUAUGGUGCCUUGCGAGUGUAUACUCGGGUCACCAAUCUAUACUGAUUCCUCCAUUGGAGCUGGAGAGUUCCCUGACCCUGUGGCUGGGCACGCUCAGUCAGUACCGCAUCAGAGACACCUUCUGCUCCUACUCUGUCAUGGAGCUCUGCACCAAGGGCCUGGGUGGACAAACUGAGCUGCUGAAGGCACGUGGUGUGAAUCUGGCGUGUGUCAGGAGCUGUGUAGUGAUUGCUGAGGAGCGUCCACGGUUGGCUCUCACACACUCAUUCUCCAAACUCUUUAAAGACCUUGGGCUCUCCAUGCGGGCUGUCAGCACCGCGUUUGGAUCGAGAGUUAACCUGGCCAUCUGCCUACAGGGUACCACUGGACCAGACUCCUCAACUGUAUAUGUGGACAUGAAGUCCCUUCGACAUGACAGGGUGAGGUUAGUAGAGCGAGGAGCACCACAGUCUCUUCCUCUCAUGGAGUCUGGAACAAUUCUCCCGGGUGUGAGAGUGAUUAUAGUCAACCCAGAAACUAGAGGACCGCUAGGAGACUCUCAUCUGGGAGAGAUUUGGGUAAACAGUCCCCACAAUGCAACAGGAUACUAUACUAUAUACGGAGAGGAAAAUCUGCAGGCCGAUCACUUUAACACUAAGCUGAGCUUCGGAGAUCCACAAACACUCUGGGCUAGAACUGGAUACCUGGGAUUUGUCAAGAGAACUGAACUCACAGACUCAAGUGGAGAUCGCCACGAUGCCCUGUUUGUGGUGGGCUCUCUGGAUGAGACUUUAGAACUGAGAGGUCUUCGAUAUCACCCCAUUGACAUUGAGACCAGUGUGUCACGUGCCCACCGCAGCAUUGGCGAGAGUGCUGUGUUCACCUGGACAAAUCUGCUGGUGGUGGUGGCUGAACUCUGUGGAUCAGAGCAGGAUGCAUUAGACCUGGUUCCUCUGGUAACCAAUGUUGUAUUAGAGGAGCAUCAUCUAAUUGUGGGUGUGGUGGUUAUUGUUGACCCUGGGGUCAUCCCCAUCAACUCAAGAGGAGAGAAGCAACGAAUGCACUUGAGAGACUCCUUCCUAGCAGAUCAGUUGGACCCCAUAUACGUAGCAUACAACAUGUGAGACAAGUUAUGGGCAAGCCAGUGGCCUCACAGAGAGGUGCUAUGGAGCCUGGCUUCAGAAUCUGUUACUUUAAGGCACACUGGGUUUGCGUUGUAAAUGGUUUGGAUAGAUAUGGCCAUUUUUCUUCAGGGGCAUGGUGUUAACCGAAACCGUGUUCGAUGACUGUCUUUUCCACCAUUGGGCCGAUUGGAUCUCAAUGCAGAACCGUGCCGGUCUGUACCGAUCCAGACAGUUCUAUUGACUUUUUUCCCAUUAGAAUGGACUGACUGGGCAAGUGACCAAUCGAGAGCUGCUUCAUCACUAAAGGCCACCACGGUUCUGUCCUUUUAUUUUUUUCUCCCUUUUUCACCCAAUUUGGAAUGCCCAAUUCCCAGUGCGCUUUUAAAUCCUCGUGGUCGCAUAAUGAUUCGCCUCAAUCUGGGUGGCGGAGGAUGAAUCCCAGUUGCCUCCGCGUCUGAGACCAUCAACCCGCGCAUCUUAUCACGUGGCUUGUUGAGCGUGUUGCCACGGAGACAUAGCUUCACGCCAUCCACUGCGGCAUCCGCGCUCAACUCACCAUGCGCCCCACCGAGAACGAACCACAUUAUAGCGACCACGAGGAGGUUACCCCAUGUGACUCUACCCUCCCUAGCAACCGGGCCAAUUUGGUUGCUUAGGAGACCUGGCUGGAAUCACUCAGCAUGCCCUGGGAUUAGUGAACUCCAGGGGUGGUAGUCAGCGUCUUUUACCACUGAGCUACCCAGGCCCCCGGUUCUCAGUCCUUAGUACAGUUAGCUGACCAUGCUAAGAAAUAUGGGCUGGGAAGGGUUUGUAAUCAUACUGUACUGAACCAUGCUCGAGUGGAAAUGCUACUGGCAAGUCACCAUGAAUCAUAGCUAAAAAUAGGCAGGUAAUCCAUUUGACCGGUAUAUUUAAACCAGUAUCCAUACUUCUUUAAUAUCGGGUCUACCGAUUAAUGGCACUCUUUGGUGGGUCUCUAAAAAUGGCUUUACACCACUGUGAAACAGUUACCUGUGAUCACAUGUAAAGUAAAUUAGCCUACUUAAUGUUUGUUUGCAAACAUUGCCCAACUUUUUAAAUAACAGCCAGUCUUAUUAUUGUAGUCUAAUGAUAAUUUAGUGUCAAAGAGCAAAAUAAAAAAAAAAUAUAUAAAAAAUAGGUUCUAAAAUAUCAUUAUCAGACACUUAAACAUAAAAAUAACCUGUAACAUAUAGUGCCGAUACUCUAGACUAGAGAGUCGCGAUGACAGUUUUAACAGUGCUAUGGACCGAGGUGAGUUACGUUGAUUUCAUUAACUACUUUGAGUUGUUAAGACAGCCAACAACUGCGCAAGUUGAGCCUGAACUAAUUUUUACUCCAACUUACAUUUUAAAUGGUUGUUGUUCUCCAUCUGGAAUGCUCAUAUUGGUAGUUUUUACAUUGCUUUUAAACAUUGCCGAAAAACAGUCCAGCGGCAAUCAGAAUCAUCAUGGCGGCGCCCAGUGGUUAUUCAGAAAAACUGUGGAUUUUAGCUCUGUCUGUAUUACUUUAAAAACAUAAAUAGCUUAAAUCCACAGUUUGGAAGUUUUUUAGUGAUUAUGAAUAUUUCCUCAGAACUGAUGUGCAACUGACCACCUCAACAGAAAUUAACCCUAUCUAUGGUACUGUGUUAUAGGGCUGUUUUGAGCCCUGUGGCCAUUUGUCAUUUAUCAGAUGCUUUUUAUCCAAAGCAGCUUAAAGUACACUUAAUACAGGGACAGUGGCUUCAGAAAUGGGGUUAAGUGCCUUGCUCAAGGGCAGUAUGGUGAUAGGACAUCUUUGGAACACUGUAGUUCAUUAAAUGCUCUUACCCUGGUUUACACUGAUCAUUUCAUUGUCAGUCAGGGUGGGGGCUCGAGGCAAAUCUGGGGGGCCCCUAACCACCCCCCACCCCCAAGACCCGAUCAUGUCACAAAGCAAACAGAAUACAAAAACUGAGGCAUCGCUCUAUUUUUCCUCUCAACUAAAGGUGCUUUUACACAUCAGGACAAGCCAUUUAAACCUCUAAAUGGCAAAAAAAAAAAAAAAGCAAAACCGUUAACUGUAAAAUAACAUGACUCUUGUGUACAAGCUAGCCCCCCAUGAACACCCAGCUGUACAAAGGCAUAGAUUUUACAUGCUUGGCAAAAGGAUUAAAGGACAGUUGCUGUCUCUUGUACUGUAGACAUUUUACCAGGAAUGACUAACUUCUUGUAAAUCAUAAAUAAUUGUAAAUAAUUGCUCAUGUACAGAUAAGAAAUUCUACCGUACUGUAUGUUAGUUGCUGUAUUCUGUCAGAAUUUUGGAUUAAUAUGAAUAUUAACUACUGUCACUGACAUCCCUUCGUAGCUGAGCGGGGGUAUAAAGUUUAAGACUAAUUGUAAAUAGCUUGCUUGAUUUCUGUUUGUUCUUUUAUGGUUUAAAAAGGAAUGUGAUGGGCUGAAAUCUGUGUGAAGUUCUGUCUGUUAUGCAUUUCUGUUUAGAAUUCAGAUUCAGAAAAUCUUACAGUAUGUAAAGCCUUUACGAUGUAAGCAUGACACAGUCAAGCACUGUGAAGGCUUGGAAGAGACUAUUUUCAAAGUCCUCACAACUGAUCACACAGUAUGAUAGUCAAACCUCGUUCAUUAAAAGGGGUUGUGUAUGUGUGUUUAUCUAUGCUUAGAGUCCACAGUGUCAAGUGUGUGCAUUGAUAGCUCACAGUUAUACUUACUGGAAACAAGUUUAUAACCGUGAGAACACAGUUGAAAGGCCAAUUCAGAUACACUGUCAUUAUAUUUAUUCUCUCAUUCUUACUCUCAUAAAGGUAUCAGAGUUGAGUUCAUAUGAAAGCACAAGUGAGUGAAUGAGUGAAUUUUACAUGGGACAUUCAGGGAAACAGUGCUUUCAAGGACAGAGAGGAUAUUCAUAUAUAAAUAUUCACUUUAAUGUUUGUAAUGCUUUUUGUUCCUUAAAGAAAACAAUUUAGUUGUCAUUUAGAAGUGUUAACCUAGUCUCGUUAACCAAAUUAUGGGAAAGACAGGAAACAAAAAGACAUAAUUAGUUCAGUUUAUUGAAAAUCUGAGAUGCCAGCUAAGUGCUGGGACCACAAGAAAUGUUUCACACACUAUGCAACCAGCUGCAGUCACAUUCCAAAGUACACAUUUGGCAGACACACACACGCUCUGCACUAUGAAGAGAAAAUGAACAAUUUAUUUACUUGCAAAGUAGUACAGAAUAAAAUGGAAACAUGCAAGAGGAACUUGACUUUAUUGUUUAGACAAUUCAUAUUACUCUUGUGUUGACAAAACCUUUCCUAGUUUUGUUUAAUUCUCAUAAUAUUAAUAAUAGCAGUUUGGCAAUUAUGUAUUUUCAAGAAACUGAUACUUCACAAUUUUAGUCAUUCAUGGAUAUAAAUGAAAGUCAUGAUUAUGCAAGCAAGCAUUUCCCUAUCGAUUCACAUGUUUCUUUUUUUGUACAUUGGUUACUGUUUUAUACUUCAGUGAAAAAAAAAACUAAAAAAAUAAUAAAAUGCUUUUAUUUUGCAUCUCUGAAAAGGUA